UUUAUAUGAUCUAUUGUUUAUUAUGAGUUCCCCAUUUUUUAAUUUAAAAUGCAAGUGCAAUCGUUCAAAUACAAUUAAAAAUUCCAGCUUUGAAAAAAUAUAAAAUGUUUUGCAAUAAAACAACAUACACGUGUUAUAACAACCAAGUGCAGUGACAACUGAGAGACAUUAAAAAUUUAUUUAAAUACUUUUGAAUUUUACUAACUGACAAGUUGCUGCCGUUUACAGGAAACACCAGAUUAUCUAACUAAACAUUCUCCAACAAUGGAUACGUUAGAUUUGACAAAUCCUUUAUCAACUGUACAACUUUUACCAAUAAUCAAUACCAGUCCACCAACAAUGGAUACGUUAGAUUUUAUAUAUCCUUUAUCAACAGUACAACUUAUACCAGUCAUCACUUAUCUGAACUUACUAAGUGAUUUCCUAUUCAUUAAUAAUUAUUUAUUAGAAAAUGAUCAACACAAACCUAUUCCAAUUGUUAAUGGACUUUAUGAGUACUUGGAAGAUCAUCAGGGUAGUCAAACUAUGAUGUUGGAUCUAAUUCGAAAUUUGCUACAUGGCAGUGAUCUGUACGGAGAGUACAAUAACGAACAAGUUGAUCAAGUAUUUGUGAACACAAUGUUUGACUACAUCAUCAGUUCCCUAGUGUUUGCCAAAUAUGGAAAUAUUUACGGUUUUUUAGCCGAUACUAUUCGCCAGGAGGAGAAUUUGCAAUUUUAUUAUAUUUUAGAAAGAGUAAAAGAAAAUCUUAGAAAAGCAGAAUUCGAAAAUGAAUACGGUAAUAGUUCGACUCUUUCAAAAUUGUCCAUUAGCAGAAUAUUCAACGACUUACUAAUGCCACUGUUUCCAAAACCAAUGAUGACUAAUCUCAAUUUAUUGUCUCUUGAUUAUAUUUUCGCUCAAGCUGGCUCAAUGUACCUUCGACUUGGAAGAUUAAACGAAACCUACUAUUCGAAUUUCGAAAAUCUUACCUCAAGUAACAAUGACAAUGAUAUUUUUCAAGAAUACCGAGUAAUAGGAUAUAUUGUUGAAAAUUUACUUCAUCACAAAAUUAUAGAUCCUAUAGUGAUAAAAAUCUUUGCUCUUCCAGCACUGUUUCACUACGUUUCAAAGGAGCAAGAAACAAAAAAUGAAACAAUAGAAAAAGUAAUUUUUAAUCCACACCAUUGGGAAGCAGCUUACGAUUAUUUUUUCACCUACAUCGAGAAUGCUUUCACCAAAAUUGAUAAUCAACUCAAAAACGAUUACACACAUCAACUUCACAAAAUGUUUACUAAUUUCCACAGUCGUGCAAAAUUUGCAAAAUUAAUUUUAGAAUUAAAGUGCCAAUUUUUAAACAAACAUUAUCGUGAAACAAGAAUUCCAGUUUAUAUCGAUAAUGCCGAUUAUUUUGAAUGCAGAAGUGGUGAUGUUCUACCAAACAUAAACGAAUGGUUUGCGGAUCAAGUUCAUGAUUUUGGUGAGAUAUACGAAAAAUACGAUUUAGAAAUGACAACAAAUAUAUUUAAUGAUUCGUUAAUAGAACUUCGGGGUAUUAUAAUAAAAUUAGUUCUCACCAGUAAUAAAGUUAGUGACAGUACUUUAAAUAAUUCCGAAUAUUUAUCGUACGAUUUACUCGAAUUUUUCAACACUAAUAACCAAACAUUAGACUAUUAUGCUCUACUUCGUCUAGACUACAGUGUAACACUCAUCAAAGAGUCCGAUGAUCCAGUAAAUUUUCAAAAAAUAAUUGGUCCAUCCUUAGAUGAUUAUAAACGUUCCGCUAAACGUAUUAUUCUAAAAUUCGCAAACGAAACUACACAACAACUUAGUGAAGAAUUAAUGAAAUACAAAAAAGAUCGAUUUAAAUCUUAUCUUAAUUAUUCGCAAAAUAAUUUUAAUCAUCACGAAUGGUGGAGAGAAUUUGGACUAUCUUUGCUACCACACUAUCCCUGUUUAACAAACUACACCGAAGAUUAUCAUGAAAUUGAGGACUAUUUUUGUGAACGGGAAAAUAUAAGAUUUCUCAAUAAAUUUCAAGAAGAUGUAUCUUUAAAUUUAAUAGACAGAAAAACGAAAAGUCUCUUACUCUCCUUGGGUUCGGAUAUCAAGACAAUAUUUAUCAAUAACAUAAUAGACGAAUACAUAAUUGAUGAGAUUGAAAGAGCAAAUGGUAUUUUAAUACCUUCUUUGAAGAAAACAACAUUAAAGACAGUUUACCAAAAAUUUUCACUACAGAUUGAAGAACCCGAAAUGGAAACAUUGGGUACUACACAGGAUGAAAUAAAAUUUAUGGAAAACGUAAUUCUCCAUUUAGAAUGGAAAAGUAAUCGAUUCUACAUGAAGGUGAAGAACAUGUUGAUUAAGAUGAAAAUUAUGAACGUUAAAUAUCCUUUAAAAAUUGGUGAAAUUAAGGAUAGGAAAUUAAAUCAUUCCCUGUUUGUCAACAGUUGGAACGGACUUAGCGGUUAUGGUUAUAAAUUUAUUGGAAUCAACAAGAAUGAUAAUAAAACCCCAAUAAUAGCACAAUUAAGAACUGAGUACGAAUUUAAGAACAAAAUACUUAUAACCCCAAUUUAUGACUCAGAAUUGACGAAUUCGUCGAAAAAGGAAAAAGAAUACAUCAAACUAAAUAACGAGAUGCUUGAAAGCGAAAACGAUGUACUAUUCAUCGUAUCCAUUCAAAAUUUGUCAAAUUUUCAACAAAUAACUCUUAAAACGAAUCAAGAAAUUCUACGAACUGGAAAUAAAUCACAAGAUUUAGUUUAUGAACUUGAUAACCAACUUCGGAGAAAUAUAACUAAAAUUUCUUUCCACGGAAUUUCGUAUCACAAUCAUAAUGAUGAUAAGUGUAACGUUAAUGCCUAUUUACAAAAAACGAAAGACUCUAGUCUCUGCUCAAGACAUUGGUGUUAUAUUGAUAAAACAGAUCAUGAUCGAAUGAUAAUUAGAGAUUUAUUAAAACACCAAAAAGAUGAAAAUUUAGUACUUGAAUACCAAAUACAUGAGAUAUUGAAAAAAUACACAUUUUCAAACGACAGUACAAUGAGAUUUUUCUUCAAAAACUGGAUGAAUGAUAAACAAUUUAGAAAUUCGUAUUGGAGUAAAAAUAAUAUAGUGGAUAAAUCGGGUUUGUUGAAUAAAUUAUUGUAUGAAACGCGUCUAGAGAAUGGAAUUAUAACAAAUACGAAAGGAGAAAUGAGAAUCAAUUCUAUUUACACCUACAGAGAACGAUACAAAAUCGAGGAUGAGAGAACUUUGGAAAAUAUUAUCAAAGACUACAAUGAUCAACAAGCGGAUUAUACGAUAAUGUUCGAAGAUUAUUAUGCUGUACGCAAUUUUGCCACAACUGGUUACAGGAGAAUAAAUGCAGAUACUCGUGAAGCGAAACUAAUGAAAAAUGCUUUAUACAAAUUGUCAAUAAGACAGGCACAUGAUUUAGAGGAGGAAUUUGAUUUGAAGUUAUUCUACUUUGACUCUAUACCGAUAGAUAUAUUUCAAAGAGAAUAUAUGAAGGAUUUACAAGAUAUUUAUUGGGGAAAAUCCAUUAUUUUGCAGAAAUUUACUUUGGCGUCGACAAAUGAAGAAUCUGCUGUUAGAUUUGGUGUACAUCCGGAAAAUGGAUUUAAAAAUAUCUUGUUUGAAAUGAAAUUUUAUGGUCCUUAUCUUAGAGCAAAAAUUGAUGUUGAAGUGAAACAUACAGUGUCUUUUAGAGAGAAGAAAGUAAUACUUCCGCCUGGUAGUGAAUUUUUUAUAGAGAAAUUGGGAACGGGACCUAUUAAAAAAAUAGGUAAUUACUUUAAAGUUACUUUAGUUUAUAAACUGAAAUAUUGUGAAAAUUAUAAUCGAUACAAAGAUAUUAUGACUCAAAUAGCAGAGACGAAAUUGUAAAAAAUUUCAAUCUUGAAUAAGUUUGAAUUAAAAUCAUUUUAAUUAUUCUUUUUAUUUUUUGAUAUUUUAAUUUUCACUUUAAAUAUUUUUACUAUUAAUAUAGUAACUACCAACCUCCAAUCUGACCUUCGAACUAUCCACUCUUGGUGUAUUAAAAACAAAUUACCCCUAAAUAUUUCUAAAUGUCAAAUUUUAACUUUUCACAAAUCUAAUUUUUCCUUCCUUUUUCCUUACCAAAUAAACAACACUUUUCUUUCUCGAGUAACAUCCACACAUGACCUUGGCGUAACUUUUUGCUAUGACUUAACUUUUGACAAACAUAUAACAUCCUUAGUCUCUACUGCUUCUCGAAUGCUGGGUUUUCUCAUCAGAUCCAGUAGAAACUUUAGUAACGUGUCAACUUUUACCUUAUUGUUUAACGCCCUGGUACGCUCUCCGGCAGAAUAUGCUUCGUUAAUAUGGAAUCCCCAUACUAUAAAGAGUGCCAAGUCUAUUGAUAAAAUCCAAAAACGUUUCUUAAAAUUCCUAGCUUUUAAGGAGGAUGGUCUUUACCCCCCCCCACGAGGGUGUGAUUAUAUUGCACUGUGUGAACGUUUUGAUUUUUUGACUUUAGGAGAACGACGCAUAAUCAAUGCAACUAUUUUUGUAUUUAAAAUCAUCAACUAUCACAUUGACUGUAGAAAACUACUAGACUUAAUUAAAUUCAGGACCCCUUGUAUAUCAUCCAGAGAUGUUUCACCAUUUUAUAUUGACCAAAAUGACUUAAUUUGAAUAAAAAAUUCUCCUAUCUUUUUUGCGUGCUAUCAUAUAAACCGAAUGUAUAAUUCUUUUCGUCCAAAUAUGAACUUAUUUGUAGCGUCACAAUCUAAAUUUGCAGAAUGCGUAAAAAACUUUGUUGUCAGUCUACGAGAGCACAACUGAUCACGUCACUAUUAGCUAACAUAUUUUUUAAUUUUAUUUUCUGUUUUAUUUUGUUUUUUCUCUCUUUAAGCAGCUUAGUUCUGUUUGUAUUAGCUUUUCUAAAUAAUAUUUUAAUAUUUAACUAUUAAUAUUUUAACUUUUAAUUUCAAUUGUUGCAAAUAAAAAACUUACUUUUUAAAAGUAAGUACGUCUAAGUACAUUUAUUUUUCCUACUUUCUUCGAUUUAAUGAAAUUAAAUUAAUUGAAACAGAUUCUUUUCUUGUAUUUAAUUUAAAAUGAGAUAAAAAGAUUCUUUACCUCACGCGACCGGGAUCGUCGGCGAUGAGGGUUCAAAAUUAAUGUUACCUGGCCCCAGUCGACAGAAAAUAAUAUUUUCAAAUCCAAAAAUAUUCUUUUUGUUUUCCUAGCAACUUUGUACUUAUGCAACAAAUGUUGCAUUUUGUUAAAAAUCCACGGAACAAUAUUAAUAAGCACAAAGACAUACUUGUUAUAUUAUACAAGAUAAGACUUUAUAAUGUCAGUGUUGCUCCUUUACAAGGUUACCACAAAUAGCACACUGCUUCUUUAAAAUUUUUAAUUGAUGUUAAUUUAAGAUUUCUUUACCUUAUCAUAUUUCUAUUCCUCGACAAUUUUGAAUCAAAUACUUCCAGCCGUGAAUCUGUAAAAAAAAUAUUUAGAAUUAUUUUCACACUCAAUAGAAUAAUCCCAAUAGAAAAUAAAAAAUAAAUAUCGAAAAUGAUAUUAAAAUUUGCUAAAAAUAUCUUUGGAAGUAUAAAAUAAAUCGGAUUAAAAUUAAGAUAUUAUACGCCUAAAAAAAGAUUAAAAGACAACAAUUUAAACAACAACAUACUGAUAGGAUAAUAAUAAAACUCGAAACAGCUACUAAAAUUGAUAUUUAUUAAAAUGCAAAAUACAAGACAUCAUAUGCAGUGUUAACAUUCGAUAAUCUCUUAUUCAUUGAAUAAAUUAAAUUUUAAAGUAAUAAUACCUUAAAAAAAUUUAAUUUAUCAAUUAAUAAACAGUACGAGACUUCAUUUUCCAAAGUAUAUGUUAGAAUAUGUUAAAAUAUGUUAUAAAAA